GGGCGAGGGAAGCUGCUCACCGCGGACGAAGAGAAAGAGCUCGGCGGCGCGAUCCAGCAGCUCCUUCGAAUCGAGGCGAUGGAGAACGAGCUCGUGGAGGCGUCCAUCGCGGAGGAGCUCAGGAGGGAUAAAGCCGCCGCCGCCGCCGCGGACAGAGGCGAGAUCGUCACCGCGAUCGACGCCGGGCAGAACGCGCGGCGGCAGCUCGUCGUGAAGAACGUCGGUCUCGCGUACAGCAUCGCCCGCGACGUGUUCGAAAAGUUAAACCACGCCGACCGCGGGUUACUCUCCGUGUCCGACUUGGCGCAAGAAGGCUGCGCGGGGCUCGCGCAGGCUGCGGAUAAGUUCGAUCCCUCGCGCGGGUACAAGUUCAGCACGUACGCGUACAACUGGACGAGGAAGUACGUCGUGAACGCGAUUCAAAACAACGGGCGGACGAUUCGGUUGCCGAUUCACAUGCACGAGAUCAUGCAACGCGCGAAGAAAGCGACCAGGGAGCUCACGCAGAAGCACGGCCGCGCGCCCACGGACGAAGAGAUGUCGCGAACGCUCGGCGUCCCCGUAUCGCGCGUCCAGGAGAUCAACGACUGGGCCCGGAGCACGUUAUCCCUCGACGUCGGCGGCGGCGGCCGCUCCUCCGACGACGGCGACGGCGGCGCGGAGGGAAUGAUGGACGGCAUCGUCUUCGCGUUGGGAAGCAAGGACGGCAAGGACGGGAUGUUAUCCCCGCACGAGGCUGCGGAGGCGGACAUGGAGGCGGACUUGCUCCGCAGAGAUCUCGAGGAAGCGUUCGCGACGCUGCUCCCGCGCGAGGCGUUCGUGCUCCGGCACCGGUUCGGUCUCGCGGCGGCGGCGUCGACCGCGCUCGGCACCCUGCUCGGUGUUUCGCACGAGACCAUACGCACGUACGAACGCCGCGCGCUGGAGAAGCUCAAGCAGCCGUCGCGAGCGGCGCGAUUCGUGCGGUACCUCGACAAGGAGGACGUCGAGAGGUACACCGAGGCGCAAGGCGCGAAGGGCGCGGAGGAGCUCGCGAACGCGCUCUCCGCGGCUCUCGUCGCCGCGGACGCGAAAGCCGGCGGCGGGCGCAUCGCGCGAAGGAGAAACCCCGCGACGACGCCGUCGCCGAUGAUUGACCUCGCGUCCGACGGCGGCGGCGGCGGCGGCGGCGGGAAAGCCGCGGCGACGACGAAGCCGCGGCGCGCGCGGCGCCCGAGGAAGGUGGACAAAAGCGCGGAGAGCGAGGCGACCGUGGAGAUGACCGUGGAGGUCAAGUGA